CAACUCGAUUCCAUGCAACUGAUGUUCAGACGAAACCAAGAAUAUCUCUAUCGAGGGAAUAAGCUCGAUAGUAGUCAGUGAAAUGUUCAUUACGAAUAGCUGAAUUCUGGGUCCUUGUCUCGCUUUUGAUCCGGAAAUGGAUAUCGGUGCGGUUAUCCCAGAUCAACGAACCGAGCCUCCUUGGCAAUGAUGCCAUUGCAGCUACGCCUUGGAGGGGGGAACAUGUCAAGAAACAGCCAUGUGGACAUUAUACUCAGAACUCGUUUAUCGUUUGCCAUUUCCAACGAUGGAAGACUGUUGGCGCUCGAAUGGUGAUAUUACAUUGGCUAAAGCCAGAACACACCGGAUAGAGAGAUCCUGGAAUGAUGAUUGCAUGUCGCCUGCAAUUGACGUUCAAAUUUGCCUAAUCGGGUAUGGUGUUAGGGCUAACUUUGCUUAUUGAGCCCCUAAUGCGGAAAAAGAUCAAUAACUUGGGGAGCAUCUCACCGUACCCGAAGAUUCAACGCAGUUUGGUAUUGCGUCGUUUUUCCGUCCAUUGUUUGAACAAUGAACGCAGCGAAUGUUCCUUUGGCGAAACGUCCUCAGAGCUGGUUUCCGCGGGCCGGCCAUAUCAACAUGGCGAACCUCAUAGGUGGCCACGCUGAGGAAGGUUUGUUAGGAUGCAUGUUCACGGGCCAUGAUAUGUUGCUUUCGAUGGGGUUAAAUCUCCACUGGAUUCUUUUCUACGUGAGGGAUUUCUUUUCGUCAAGUGGCUAAGGGAUCCUGAGCGAGGGACUCCUUUUCGAAUGGCUACCAUUUGGAACGGGCGUGUGCGUCUAUUAUAUUCCAUCCGUUCUCAGACAAUCUCGCACGUUGUCUAUCUUCUCAUCUUUGGAUUUAAUCUAGAUCAGACUUGGUUUCUUUAUCUGGCGACC